CGUAGACGAGCGGGAAUCGCCACUCGUGUACACGAUUUUAUUAGUCCUUGGUUACUGUUACAGUUACGUUCCAAACGACUAACACAGGAAGAAUCGCUAGCUUGAAGAAGCAUUAAGUGCGUUUUAGUUUCGUAGAGGUAGUCUUGGCGUAAACCUAAGUAUUCCGCUGAACAUAGUCAGUGCCGAUCAUAGUUAGUGCCGAACCCGACCGGAGAACAGGUAAAUCCUAAAUAAUACAACAAUUCAAAAUCCAAACAGUUGUAAACAAUUGCGUUUGCCAUAGGUUAAAAUCAGUGCUAGCCGUACCGUACGACACUCGAAUUUCGGACUGAACACAAUAUUAACAAAAAGGGCAUUAAACGGAUAAUUUAACGAUAGAAAUAAAUCGUUCAAAUUACCGGAAUCCGCGUCGUUUAAUUCUUGUUUUGAGAACAAGUUAAAUUAUCCGUUUAGUUCGAAAUGUCGAAUAAAAGUGUAGCGAGUGCAAAUAAUACUGGUGAAAACAAUGAAACUGUUUCUCAUGGUGAGGGGAGAAGUUGUGGGACAUGUAGCCGCAUCGAUACGAGCCGGAUGGUCCAAUGCGAUUCCUGUGACACCUGGUUCCAUUAUGAAUGUGUCAACGUGGAUGAAAGCAUUGAAAAUGAUGAUUGGAGCUGCAACAACAGUGGCAGCGUGAGCAACAGCGUGAGCAGCAGGCUAAGGAGCAAGAACAACUCGAGCAGCAGCAGAAACAACAGCAGCUUGAGAUGGAGAGACUUCGGCAGUUGAAGGAGCAGUCACAAAGGAUGCAUGAGCAGUUUCUACUUCUAGAUGAAUCCAUCGUAAGCCAUUCUGGUGAACUUAUUAAUUCUGGCCGUCGAAGCGUUGGGGCGAUUCCAAAACAACCGAUGAUGUCAACGCGAUACGAAACAUUGGUUGCUUCUAGAGUUCAGGGUUCUAAGGGUAGCGGAAUAUCUUCCCUUAAGGGAUCACAGCAUUCAACAAAAACUCGCGAACAGAAACUCAAAGCUCUGGAAGCUAGACAAGCCCUUGAAAGAAAACAAUUAGAUGAGCGCCUACAGUUGGAAGAGCAGUUGUCAGCAGGUCUUGACACCGAUUCGGAAACAAGUGAAAGUGUUCAAAGGGUCGAAAAUUGGCUGAAUAAAACCCAUAACAUCGAGAAUGCUACAGCAAUGCCCGGGAAUGAAACAACACUUCCCGAGUAUCCUGGUAGAGUAGCGAAAUCGGUGAGGAUUCAGCUUGCAUCAGAUUCUUCAAAGAGUUCGGCUCCAAGGGCGGCAUUAGCUGCAGCUACAUCCAAUAUCAUGCCAACUUGUAGCACACAGUCUUCAGCGACGAUUCCCUCUAUUCCUCCCCUUUAUGGUUUGCAAUCUUCCGGCUCGGCUGAUCCUCAGUUCGCUUUUCCGCUUUCAAACCCCUCAUCCACUUCCAUGUGCGUUCCAUCAUUGCCAAGUGGAGCAUUUCAAGGCUCAGUUAAUCUUCCGCAAAACCACCACCAAUCUUACCCUUCAGCAUGUCCGCCCAGUUCAUUUCCGGUGCAACAAUAUCCACCAGUGUAUACCACUCAGCAGCCGAGGGUAGCAGUUUCACAGCAGCAAGCUCCAAGAAGUGUGAUAGGUACCUCACAGCCCGACUUAGUGGAUUAUUCAAAUCCCUACGCAACCCAGAGCGGUUCCAACCUUCCCCCUGUAUCAGCAUCGACCCCAAGACGCCUAUCGCUAUUCCCUCAACAGCAAACCAUCGCUGAUGAAGUCUGUUCUAUCGAAAGGAGACUGAGUGCAGAGCAUCUUGCUGCUAGACAAACAGUCAAAGACUUGCCUAAGUUUGGUGGAGAUCCAGAAGAAUGGCCUAGGUUCAUUGCGGCGUAUGAACGCACAGCGAGGAUGUGCGACUUCCGGAAUGAUGAGCUUUUGGAUCGUUUAGAAAGAAGUUUGCAAGACAGAGCUCUUAGUACCGUCAAAAGCCUUCUUCUUCAUCCAGACAACGUUCCGGUUAUUAUGAAUCGUCUGAGCACCCUCUUUGGAAAUCCGGAAACGAUAGUUGACACGAUGAUGAAGAGAGUCAAGUCGAUGCCACCACCAAAGGCAGAUAAGCUGGAGAGUAUAAUUGACUUUGGUAUUGCCGUUCAAAAUCUCUGUGCCACAAUUCUAGCCUGUCGAUUGGAUGAACGUCUGUAUAACGCUACCUUGCUACAGGAGUUAGUCGAAAGCCUUCCUAUAAACUUGAAAAUGAAAUGGGCAACUCAUCUACAAAAAACUGGCGCGUCGUCUCUUAUGGAGUUUAACAUGUGGCUAAGCAAAAAGGUAGAUGCCUUUAGCAGGGUAACGAGACCACAGUCAUGGAAUAAAUCUUCCGCCAAGCAUAGGAAAGACGAGGCUUUCCUACACCUACACUCGGAACAGCCGUCCUCAAGGUCGUACCAGAAUUCAUGUCCAGCCUGUAGUGGAGACUGUGCCACCAUCGAAAACUGCAGAGCAUUUCUUGACAUGUCAAAAAAUCAACGAUGGUCUGUAGUGAACGAGCAAAAUAUUUGCCGUAAAUGUCUAACCAGACAUUUUAAGACAUGCAGUAGAAGAGUUCCAUGCAACACAAAUGGGUGUAAAUAUCUGCAUCAUUGGCUUCUACAUGACGAUAGGAAGCACAAGGAACAGAAUAAUCCUAAUAUUCCUAACAUCCCUGCUAAUAAUGCUAUUAGUCCUAAUAAUCCUAUUAGUCCUAGUAAUUCUAGCAGCAUGUUACAGCACCCUUCAUGUAACGCCCACAAUUGUUCACUAGGAGGAGUUUUACUCAAAUACAUCCGCGUUACAUUGCAUGGUAGAAAAGGAUCAAUCACAACCUACGCAUUUCUAGACGGUGGUUCAACCUCCACAUUUAUGGAACACGGCUUAUGGCAAGACCUGAAUUUGGAAGGCGAAAAAUAUCCGCUCUGUAUUAGUUGGACAGCUGGUCAGGGACGAUUCGAAGCAGACUCAGUAAAGUGUUCGAUAGAGAUCAGUGGAAUGCAAUCGGACGAACGCUUCAACCUAGCCAAAGUACACACAGUUCAAAGUCUAUCCCUACCAUCGCAAACGCCUUCCGGUGCAGAACUCAUUCGACGAUACCAUUACCUUUCUGAUAUUCCCAUAGAUUCCUACGCUAAUGUCAGACCACGCAUCCUACUAGGAAUGGACAACAUUCGUCUCGAGUAUCCUCUAGAUUCCAGAGAAGGUCUAGAGAAUGAGCCGACAGCCGUUCUUACACGCCUUGGCUGGGUUGUUUAUGGGCCAUGCUCAAAGUCCGACGAUUAUCGCAGCUCAGAAAAGCGACUUGCGUAUAACUAUCAUGUUUGCCAAUGUGACGAACUUCACUUAACAGUGAAAGAGUAUUUUUCUCUGGAUAGCCUUGGAAUCCGAUUAGAUACGAACCGAAUUCUAUCGAAGGACGAUGAGCGCGCACUGGCACUUCUGGAGAAAAACACAAAUCGUCAAGGAGCCCGAUACGAAACAUGCUUGCUUUGGCGCUAUGAUAAUGUUGAUUUACCGAGCAGUAAAACUAUGGCUCUAAACCGUCAUAAAUGUCUCGAAAGGCGGCUUAUUCGAGAACCAGAAGUAGCCAAAGCCUUGCAGCAGAAAAUUCUCGAAUACGAAACCAAAGGAUAUAUCCGACAGCUUACCACAAAGGAAGAGAACGAACAUCAUGAACGCUGUUGGUACUUGCCGAUUUUCCCAGUUGUGAAUCCUAAUAAACCUGGAAAACUAAGGAUUGUUUGGGAUGCUGCAGCGAAGGUAGGCAAAGUGUCUCUCAACUCUUUUUUGUUGAAAGGUCCAGAUCAAGUUGCUCCGCUAUCGCACGUUCUACGUCGUUUCCGCGAAUAUCGAGUCGCAAUCACAGGUGAUAUACGGGAGAUGUUCCACCAAGUUCGGAUAAACAGCAGAGAUCAACACUGUCAACGGUUCUUGUGGAACAAAGGAAGUCCUGGAGAAGCUCCCACGACGUAUGUUAUGGAUGUCAUGACGUUCGGAGCGAGCUGUUCACCAAGCAGUGCUCAGUAUGUAAAAAACUUAAACUCGAAACGGUUUAACGAACAGUACCCUAAAGCUGCCGAUGAGAUAGAGAAUGGAACUUAUGUAGAUGACAUGCUAUGUAGUGUUGAAACAGAGGAGGAAGCUAUUGAUUUGGCAAAAAACGUGAGGAUGAUUCAUGCUAGUGGAGGUUUUGAGAUACGAGGGUGGUUAUCGAACUCAAGAAAUGUGAUGGAAGCGAUGGGUGAAUGCACCCCAGUCUCCAAGGAUCUAGAUGUUGGAAGCCAGCUAGCUACCGAAAAAAUGCAAACCGGAAUUACUCGAUGGCUUAGAGGUUCCUACCAAGCGUGA